AUGCUCUACAGCGUCCUGCCCACCGUCGUAUCGAACCAUCUUCCGACGAUACCCUCGCUCCGACAAUCUCUCAACGACGUACGAAACCGCGGAUCACAUAGUAAAUCACCCUCAGUCGACGAACUACCACAGCCCGAGACGCCUCCUCCAGGCUAUUCGUCGAUACCCCCGAGCGGCUCCGUUACACCACAGAGACUGUCAGUGGCGUUGAGUGAGGCAGACGUCGAAUUCGUGGACGAUGGACUGGACAGACCUGGCUCUUCAGGAAGCGCACCUCCACAGCCACAUGCCACUCACGAGAGUGGCUGUGGUAUUAGGUGGAAGUACGCUACCUUAGGAACAAGCCUUGUGGCUCAAGCAUCUCGAGAAUCAAGCGAAUCGAUCAGUAGCCCCGACGAGACAUCCGCGACGCUGACUCGACAACUCUAUAUACACGGCAUAACAUAUCUUCUUCGGGGGCUACCAGCGAAGCUCACCCCAGAAGAGACGUUGAGCAUACAAGCGGCUCUUCCACAAGACGUGGUGGUCGACACAACGAACGACGUAAGCGCACACGCGUUACUCCCAGUCUCGCAACGCAGCCCUAGUACUCAGAGAGCGCCUCCACGAGACCCCUCGAUCCUGCACCGUCUGACUGCCACCCUCGUUCUCCAGUCCUUCAUCCUCAUACAGUUUCUUCUACCAUAUAUCAAGCUGUUCCUAUCACACACCUACCAGUUCGAGAGGAAGCAUCAGAUCACAAAACGGCUCGUCAAUACAGGCGUCGCUACUAUCGAUGAUAUCGGACGGAAGACGCUGCGGUUGUCGCAAACCGUGUGCCAAAUGAACGACGGGAUGGUAGGACAAGCGAUCAACGAGAUGACCAUUUGGUGGGUUCGAGGCGUCACCGGAGGCGUUCAACAGGGUUUCGCGGAGGGAUUACAAGCUAUGAGGAUAGCAGAGAGCCAGCGGGAUGAGGAGGAUAUGGGGCGGAUCAACUGA